CCCAAACGACCAGCUCUCCAAAUUCCCGUACCAUAGCCACGGAUCUCUCACACAUUUCAACGCUGUCUAUGAGCAUACUGCUCUGUUAAGUAUCACUUUAAUCGAUCCUCAGCUUUGCUCCGUAUCAUUCAACACUGCCACACCUCUAUGUACACUUACAUCUGAAUCAUGGCUCUCCCCACCAAGAAAGAGGUUCAGGAUCUCGUCAGCAGCCUCAACCAGAUCGCAGAGGCUUACUCCGAUUCCCCUGACCUGGACGGAUACAUGUCGCGCGUGCAGAUCCUUGCCAAGGCAAAGGAACUGACUCAAGCACUGAUCACGCCCGACCAGAAGCCUAAUUAUCAUGGCCUCAAUAUGGCGGAGCUCGUUGCUGUGAGGACAUUUAUGAGACUCAAAGUCCUCGAUGCUAUCCCAGCCACUGGGUCCAUAUCUCUAGAGGAUCUCUCCAAGGCCACCGGCGUUCAAGACUCGCUUCUCGAACGAAUGGGCCGUGUAUUAGUCGCCUCCGGCUUCCUCGACCAGACAGAACCUGAUGGCGGAGAAUACAAGCACACCAAAUUUUCUCUUGCCUACAUCUUAGACAAGCCCGCACCCGGUCAUUUGUUCCUUGCCAUGUACGAUGAGUGGUUUAAGAACAUGCACAACUUUGACGAGUAUCUCAUUUCCAGCGGCAAGUAUACUGAGCCCGAUGAUCCACUGAGGAACCCGUAUACUGCCUACCACAAGCAGGAGGGCACGCCGGUAUGGAGCAUCAUGAUGCAGAACCCGGGGAAAUUGCAGACAUUCCAAACUGGCAUGGCAGGUAUCGAUGUCGCAAUUCCAGUCACCGGCCAUUUCGACUUCAGCACCCUCAAAAACAGCCCCGAAGACAACGACAAGGAUAUCGUAGAACUGGUAGACGUUGGUGGCGGCGAGGGCGUCGUGCUCAACAAGAUUCUGUCAGCCCACCCAGAGCUAUCGCCGAAGAACUGCGUGCUCCAGGAAAGGCCCGAGAUGAUUCAGCUGGCCAAAUCACAGACUCCUGAGUUCCAGCUCCUUGACCACGAUUUCAUGACCGAGCAGCCUAUUAAGGGAGCCAAAGCCUACUUCAUGCGCAUGAUUCUCCACGAUUAUGCCGACCCCGUCGGCAUCGAGAUUUUGAAGCGUCUCACCGAGGCAAUGUCGUCUGAGUCUCGUGUUCUUAUCUGCGAGAUGGUCUUGGCCCCACGUGUAGGUGAGGCCGACUUUGCUUCUGCGGUUCUCGACCAGGCUGUUAUGACCAUGGGCGGCAAGGAGCGCACCGAAGCAGGUUUCCAGAAGAUGUUCGAAGCGGCGGGGCUUGAACUUGUGCAGACGUGGCGUGCGGCUGGGGUUCCGGGCGGGUGUGUGGAGGCAAGGCUUAAGAGAGCGUCCUAAGCAUCCCGUCUGAGGUUGUUGAAGCGAGGGCAAGAGGUAGAGCAUCGCCACAGCGCAUUAUUUGAACCGAAUUUGAGGAAUCACAUCUUUUAUAGCUGGUAAUACAUGACUCAUGUCAUGCGUGUCCAUACAUGGACCCAUCCUUUCUGGCCAGCACUGUAGCCCACCUCAGACCCUGAUGGUUGACGAAGCCGCCCGCGGUGGAGUUAUAUUCACGGAACGAUUUUGAGAACAAGUAAAUUCGGUUUACAUAACUUUGCUCUAUGUCACCAGAUUGAUCAAAGCGAUACAAUAGUUGCAAACAAUGGCGCAGACGUUAAGCAUACACCCAGUGCCAGAAGAUACAGUAGCUCAAACAGCCAGGUUGUUGCACA